GUAUCAACGUACCACAUGACCGAAGAAACAUGGAUAUUGCAGCAAUGCUCCCGACCGAAGUGUUAUGGCACGCUUUGUGGAAACCCCGAUAGUGAAUCCAAUCAGUCUUUCGUCACUUACGUUGUUGACGCCAGUGAUACCCUCACUUCUAUUGCGGUUAAAAAUGAUGUUUCUGUCGGUCAGCUGAAGUUCCUUAACCGCAUGCUCCUUUCUGGCGACAAAUUCAUCAUCCCUGGUACUGUUUUACGUCUCCCAGUUGUGCGAAAAUCAACAAUCAAUCGAACACCUCUGCAUAGUGCGUCUGAGAACAGUGCCGGAUUGACAACUCAGGUUUCGAACGACCAUUCUACAUCCGAUGGCGGUCCUGACGUCACGGACCAUCAAAGCCUUCUAAUGGUAAAUCCGCUCGUUCAGACCAUAACUUCCUCAUCGAACUCCCUUUGUAAUGAUCACUCCUUUCCUUCUGCUGAUGCUGUCUGA